CGCGGCAUAAACUAUGUCUUGCUGAUUGUGACCGGCUGCAAUAUCAUUGCACCUUAAAUUUAACUCAAUACACUGAUCACACUGUUGUUUAAGAGUGGUGAUUCUACGUGCCACAAUUCAAGGUUACAUCAUUUGAAGUAUAAUCAUGCACACACGCACGUCGUCUUUAUUUACUCACUGGAUGAGACUUGUUUAGUGAUGUUACACCUGACAUCGUACCAGGAGUAUUAGUAUUAAAAACAACUUUAUACAAUAAGCAUACUGUCAUAAAGUCAUGUUUUCAAAAUGCCCACUGUUGUGUUUGACAAAUUGUAAUUGUUUUUACUUUGUUGUGCAGAUAAAGUGACUGAUGGAGGGUGCAACUCAACCAGUGCCUGAAAAGCUGGAUUUGGAUGACUUAAUCAAGCUAUGCUUUAGAUUUGCAUUCAGCAACAAGGAAAUACUUGCAGUUUUAGCACAUAAUGCUCAGACUAUUAUAAGUAUUCGGACUCUGAAGAGAACUUGUAAAAGACUCGGUCUGUUCCGAAGAAAGAAUCAGUCGGACCUGGGAGAUGUGUUGGCUUUUGUCCAGCAUGAAAUCCUGACUUGUGGCCAGAUGCAAGGUUAUCGCUGGCUUCAUCUACGUGCGAUUCAAAAAGGAUUUGUUGUCUCACAAGAUACAAUAAGACAAAUUAUAAAAUUGGUUGACCCAGUCGGCGUGGAAUUAAGAAGAGCACGACGCCUUAGAAGACGCCAGUACAGCUGCAGAGGCCCAAAUGCUCUUUGGCACAUGGAUGGCUAUGAUAAAUUAAAACCGUAUGGGAUUUGCAUCCAUGGUUGUAUUGAUGGGUUUAGCCGGUAUGUGUUAUGGGCAGAGGCCUAUACCACAAACAAUGAUCCCAAGGUGAUUGCAAGUUAUUUUAUCAAAACAGUUUCGCGCAUUGGUGGAUGUCCAGAGAGGAUCCGUGCAGACAGGGGCACAGAAAAUGGUUGUGUUGAACAGAUGCAAGUGUGUUUGCGACAAAACCACUCUGACAAUUUUGCUGGGGAGAAAAGUUUUCUUUACGGGAGAAGUACUGCCAAUCAGCGCAUUGAAGGGUGGUGGUCCAUCCUUCGCAAACAGAGCGCACAGUUCUGGAUUAAUUUAUUUCAAACUCUUCAGGAGGAUGGUCACUACACAGGAGAUUUUCUGGAUAAAAGUCUUAUCCAGUUCUGCUUUCUUAAUCUUGUGCAGGAUGAGCUGGAUGAAGUUGUGAACACAUGGAGCUCACACAAAAUAAGACCAAGGUUGAACGGUGAUACAGCUUCAGGCCGGCCAGUCGUCAUGUAUUCAUUCCCUGCCAUGCACAGUGCCGAGGAUCGACUGAAACCCACUGGAAUGCAAGAUAUCACUGCGUGUAUGGAAGAGUGCACUCCAAAAUGCCAGUUUCCUUGCGAUGAAACUGUAUUUGAACUGUGUUGUCUGCUAAUGGAGGAAAAUGAAUGGCACGCUCCAUCAGAUCCAUUGCAUGCAAGUGACUUGUAUCUUAUGUUGAGAGAGGAAUUACUGAAGAUUGUUUGACAAGCGUAUUGAUGUAA